CUUGUUUUCUUUUGCCAAGAUGGCUACCAUGAAGAGAAGGAAUAUUCCUCAGGGAAUAGAGAAACAGCCUUCGUUCAGUGUAUUAGACGAUGAAAAGGAUAAAAUACAUAAAGCUUACCAUCCACCACCUUCACCUGUUACUUAUUCUUCUAAUAAGCAUGUCGCCUUUUUACAAAAACAUAAGCAUGCCAUAAUCACGUUCACAUUAACUCUCUUAUCCUUUUGGACACGAUUCAGAAAGAUUUCACUCAGUAACACGGUUGUCUGGGACGAAGCUCACUUUGGCAAAUUUGGAUCUCAUUAUUUAAACCAUGACUUUUAUUUUGAUGUUCAUCCACCUCUCGGUAAGAUCCUUGUUGGGUUAUCUGGAUGGUUAGCAGGAUAUGAUGGAUCGUUUUCAUUCGAAUCUGGUGCUGUAUAUCCUGAACACGUCAAUUACACUGUCAUGCGUAUAUUCAAUGCCUUUUUUGGUGCUAUGAUGGUUCCUAUUGCUUACUUGACUGCUCUUCAAUUGAGAAUGUCUCUCAAGGCUUCCUUACUGGCUGCCACUAUGGUUCUACUGGAUAAUGCAUAUCUUACCAUCAGUCGUUUCAUCUUGCUAGAUUCCAUGUUGUUAUUCUUUACUUGUACAUCACUUUAUACACUUUCAGUAUUCCACAAUUUACGUCAUAUACCAUUUUCCGCCAAGUGGUGGGCAUGGCUUGGGUUGACAGGCGCAUCCCUAGGUUGUGUGUUGAGUGUCAAGUGGGUAGGUUUAUUUGCUGUUGCACUUGUAGGCGUUUAUACGAUUGAAGACCUUUGGACUAUGUGGGGCGAUCUUCGUAUGCCAUACAAGACAUAUAUGCAUCAUUGGCUUGCGCGUAUUGCCUGCUUGAUUAUGCUUCCAUUCUCGAUCUAUAUCAUGUCGUUUAUCUUGCACUUUGCACUUUUGUAUAGAAGUGGGCCUGGCGAUGCGCAAAUGAGUUCUCUGUUUCAAGCAAACUUACAAGGCAAUUCAAUGGCCGAUAACCCACUCGAGGUUGCCUAUGGUUCUAAUCUGACGAUCAAAAACGCUGGUUUUGGAGGAGGUCUACUCCACUCACAUGUUCAGACAUAUCCUGAAGGAUCAAAGCAGCAACAAGUGACCUGCUAUCACCACAAGGAUGACAACAACAACUGGACCAUUCGUCCUCCACGCGACUAUGGAAGCAAUGAAGAAUACGACCAACCCGAGAACGAACAUUUUGUGAGGUUCAUUAAGGAUGGUGAUAUCGUUCGUCUGGCACACAUGUCUACUGGCCGUAACUUACACAGCCAUCCUGUGAACGCGCCUGUCACUGAUAGUCAGUGGGAAGUCAGUGGAUAUGGUAAUGAAACGAUUGGUGAUGUGCAGGAUAACUGGAUUGUUGAAAUCGUCGAUGACUUUGUUUACGGCAACAAGGAACGCAUUCGAUCAUUGACAACACGAUUCAGACUUCGUCAUGAGAAAUUAGGAUGUCUAUUGACAGCAGACAAUAGUGUUUUACCUCAGUGGGGAUUUAAGCAAACUGAAGUAUACUGCGACAAGCGCAAUGAGACAAAUAACCCACAUUCCAUGUGGAACGUUGAACAGCACUGGAAUUAUAAACUACCGUCAGCACCUCGCAGUGCCUACAAGUCGCCUUUCUGGCGCGAUUUUAUUGCUUUGAAUGUAGCCAUGUGGACAUCCAAUAACGCACUCACGCCAGAUCCUGACAAAUUAGACAUUUUGUCUUCUGAACCCUCAGAAUGGCCAUUGGUGACCGUAGGACUUCGUAUGUGUGGUUGGGGUGAUAAUCAGGUCAAGUAUUACUUGUUGGGUAAUCCCAUUGUCUGGUGGCUAUCUAUUGGUGCCAUCGUUGCAUUUUGUUUAACAACGGGAUUCUAUGUGAUCCGCAUGCAACGAAAGAUAUUUGAUUUGACGAAUGCUCAGUGGGACCAUUUCUUUUAUGUGGGCAAGACAUUAUUCCUUGGAUGGUUCUUUCACUAUGUUCCCUUCUUCAUCAUGGGCCGUGUUACUUAUCUGCAUCACUAUUUUCCAGCCCUCUAUUUUAGUAUUCUAAUGGUUCCAUUCCUCAUGGACCAUUUCACACAAAAUGCAAGUCAGAGAGUACAAUGGAUGGUAUUUAUUCCCGUCUAUGUUGCAGUCAUUGGUACCUUUAUACAUUUUGCACCCAUUUCAUUUGGUUUAGAAGGCCCUAUUACAGAUUAUACAUCACUUCAGUGGAGGAAAACAUGGAAUAUCAUACAAGAAAUGAUUGAAUAAAAGAAGGAGAGAUUUGACAAAUAAAGAAAAAAAGAAAGAACAAAGAAAACGUUGACAAUAAACUCUAAUGUAACUGUGUUACUGUGAUUCAUUUUGCCAUGAGGUACAACGACAAAUAAGUAACAUUUGAAAAAUAAUUACAUGCAGAUUUCUUUUUUCUUUUUUUUACAUAUUUCAUUAUUAUUAUUAUUAUUAU